AUGUCUGCCAUUAAACCCAUUAUUUUUUACUCCCAUGCCAGAGGUCCUGUGCCGUGGAGAGUCACCAUCAUACUCGAGGAAUUAAACGUUCCUUAUGAGAGCAAGUACCUUGAAAGCCCUGAAAUGAAUACAGAAUCCUACAAGUCUAUCAAUCCGAACGCUAAGGCUCCUGCCAUUGAGGAUCCUAACACGGGGAUAAAACUGUUCGAGGCAGGCGCUAUUAUCUUCUACCUUCUUGAUACUUACGAUACAUCUGGCACCUUGCACUCCCUCUCAGGUCCAGACAAGUACUUGGAACUGGCGUGGAUGCAAUUUCAGGCGUCCGAACAACACAUGUACUAUAGUCAACAUGGCUGGUUCUUGUACAAACACCCAGAGCAUGUCCAGUCUGUCCUCGACCGCUAUGAAUGGACGAUCAAGCGCACCAUUGGGAUGAUCGACGAGUAUCUCAAAAAGACCGGCAAGAGCUAUCUCGCCGGCGACAAGGUCACUUUUGCCGACCUUGUCUUUGUGGUUACCAACGAGGUGGUUCCCCAAUUGCUUCCUGGAUACGACCCGUCGAAGGAAUUUCCCCAUUACGCAAAAUGGAAUUCUGCUUUGGUUGACAGGCCCUCAUUUAAAAAGAUAGCUGCCGAUAGAGCAGCUCUUGGUCAGCCACUUGGUGUAGUCGAUCAGAAACACAUCGACGACCACGUUUGGAGAAAUGAUCCAAACCACAAGUGGUAA